UAUGAUAUAUUUAUAGAAACCAUUUAAAGACAACCAAAUCACUAAACGACUGAACACAAUUGCAGACUUUUGUUUAAAAACCAAGAAAGUGGAUGACUACAAAAGCAAAGUGCAAAAUGGCUUAAGAGAUUUAAUGAUUGAUAGAGAUGUUACUGAGGAGAGAGAUCCAGAAAAAUGUCAUCUAUGUAUGGUAAAUCCUAAAGCUGGAGAUGUAGAGGUUGCCAACCAUCACUGCAUUAAUGUAUGUGUAUCCUGCGAAAAAACUAGUUUUCUGAAUCCAAUAAGAUGCCAUUGUGGCAAUGAAAUACGACCAAGGAUUGGAUAUAAAUGGGGCGCAUUGCUAGUGGCAGGAGAAAAUACAGAAGGUUCUCAUAAUUUUACUCAAGAUGUUCUCUCCUUCAAAGAAGUCAUUACAUCUAGAGCUCCACUCAUAAUGGGAAUAAGUGAAAGCAGCCUUCAGAUGGUAUUACCAGAUAAAACAAAGCCAAAGCAGUCUCAGAGAAUUGUGGAUGCCAUUGAGAAUUUACCAAAAGAUCUCCAGACUCUUGUGAUAAACAUUUCAUGCCAUGGCUCACGCAAUGACCCCUUCACAUUUUGUUUGUCAGCAUCAGACACACUUUUGUUGACAAGAUUAGAAGAAGAAUUAGAGAAAUAUAAAGACUCUAAUAAUGACUUCAUCAAAGUCAUUUUGUUUUGUGACUGUUGCUAUCCUCGAAAAAUAAAUAUCAAAGGUAUCAAGACAGAUAAGAUUAUUCAAAUUAACUCAUCUAAAGAAACACAAAGGUCAUGGACCCCUACUCAGGAGACAAGUUACUUCUCAAAGUUUCUGAUACAAGGUUUGAAAGCAAAUACUGAAAAUGCGCCAUGUGGGACAAAAUACUGCACUUCUUGUAAGAUGUAUUGGAACGAUCGGAAAGAUUAUGUGACCGUUGAGAACUUAUUUGGUUACAUACACAAUCAUAUUAAAAAGAUACAGGAGCCUCAACUUUUAUUCAACGGCAGCUAUGAUGAUUCUGUUAUAGCUUACUACACAGAUGAGCAGGAAUGCAUAGAGUUCACUGUACAUGAUGAUUCUGAUACAGAAACUCAAAGACUUCUACUUGACUUUUCUUCAGAUAUGUGUCAGAUUGAAGCUCAGCUUCUUGAAAAGUCACAAAAGGAUAAAGAUUCCUACACUGUUGCCAUACAAAAAAUGACUUUUAGAACGGAUAUAGGAAUGGAGCCUUGUAAAACGUUUAAAGAAGUUGUUCUAGCUUGGGAAACCAGACAGCCCCUUCAGGUGGCCUUUAAUCCAAAGAAUGGAGGAAGGUGA